UUCUCUCACCUUCAAUCCCACUCAGUCAGAUACCAAACUUCAUCACCUCUCUCUCUCUCUCUCUCUCUCUCUCUAGAAGAUAAUAAUCCACCAAGAAAAUGGAGGGUCUGAUUCCAUUUGUGUACAGAGCUUUUGUCCAGUACAAGAAUGAAAAAGAAGGGCCCUUGGGGUCACUGUUCAGCGAGUCACCUUCUUAUUCUUACAUGAGACUUCCCGCCGGCGACUCAGGUAGGUUUCAACCCUCUGCUUCUGCUUUUCUCUCCGACUAUGGCUUCACGUCUGCAUCUUCGUCUUCUUCUAAGUCCGCUGCCUCUGCUGCUCAAGUCCUGACGUCUUCUGGGGUUCAGUCUCCACGACGUCGUUUGACUCCUCGUCGAGCUUCUGCAACAAAAUCUGUAAUGGAUUCUGAUGAUUUAUAACUGCAUAUAAAAAGGGACUUGGUCAAAGUGUUGUUCAAGAUUGUCUUUGAUUUCUGAAAUCGUACGUCGAUUCCCAAAAGGGGGGGUUCUUUCGAUGUAAGAAGCAUGUGUAAGAUGUAAAUAUUAUGGAUUUAUGGGGUCUGAAUCAUCUGGUGUUUAAGAAAAGUGUUUGCGUUUCCAUGGCCGAAGGGUCUGUAAAAGUACAAAGUAUGGGAUUUUUGGCUUUAGUUAGUUAAUAAACAAAAUGUAUUUGUUUUCAUGGGCAAAGUGGGUAUGAAAACCUAUGACUUUAUUGAAUAAUUUAUAUGAAAAGAUUAAUUUGUUUGUUGUUUAA